AUGGCCGUGGGCCAUGGCGAGCUAUACCAUUCACAGAGCCCUGAAGGGUUCCUCAUGGGUGCAUCUGGUCUCAAGGUCGUAAUUCCCCAAUCCAAUGCUAAGGCCUCCUCCUCUCAGCUAUCCGCGAUCCCAACCCAGUCAUAUUCAUGGAGCCCAGAGUCCUCUAUCGUUCUGCAGGUACUUGAACAAGUCCCAAUCGACGACUUCACCCUCGCCCUCUCCCGCGCCGAAAUCCUCCCAAGAUCCGAUCUGACACUCCUAACCUGGGGCACACCCGUCUACCACUGCCAAUACGCCCUCCGUCUCCUCAACUCCCCACCACCCUCACUCGCACCACUCAUCCCUCCUUUCGCAGCGCCAACGUCGAGCUCAUCGAUUUGCGAACGAUAUUGCCAUGGGAGAGAGACAGUCAUAGAGAGCGUGCGCAGGACGAAGAGGCUCGUGAUCGUACAUGAGGCGAAUGUGACAGGUGGCGUCGGGGGAGAAAUCGCUGCUGAGGUUGGGAAGAGGGCUUUCUUGAGGUUGGACGCGCCUGUGAGGAGAAUUGCGGGAUGGGAGUGA